GCCCUGAUGUGCAGAAGACAACUCAAGCAGCUAUGGCUGCUCUAGCUCAGGCCGCCAUGCCUGACUCUGCCUCGAAGCUUCUUGGUGUAGCUCUACCCCCGCCGGGGCCUUCUUGCCGCAGUGCCCACCAAGGUGAUGAAGAUGGAAACCAGCAUAGCCAGAAGAAGAAGAAGGCGAAGAAGAAGAAGGCGGCGGCGGCGGCGGAGAAGGCGGCGGCGGAGAAGGCGGCGGCGGAGAAGGCGGCGGCGGAGAAGGCGGCGGCGGAGAAGGCGGCGGCGGAGAAGGCGGCGGCGGCGGAGGCGGCGGCGGCGGAGGCGGCGGCGGUGGAGGCGGCGGCGGCGGAGAAGAAGGCGGCGGAGAAGAAGGCGGAGAAGAAGAAGAAGGCGGCGAAGAGGAGAAGAAGAAGGCGAAGAAGAAGCCGGCGGAGAAAGAAGGCGGCGGAGAAAGAAGGCGGCGGAGAAGAAGGCGGCGGAGAAGAAGGCAGCGGAGAAGAAGGCAGCGGAGAAGAAGCAGGCGGAGAAGAAGGCGGUGGAGAAGAAGAAGGCGAAGAAGAAGGCGGCGGAGAAGAAGGCGGCGAAGAAGAAGUAGCCAGGCUCUCUAGAGGCGGCGAAGGCGGCGGCGAAGGCGGCAAAGAAGGCGGCGAAGAAGGCGGCGAAGAAGGCGGCGAAGAAGGCGGCGAAGAAGGCGGCGAAGAAGAAGGCGAAGAAGGCGAAGGCGAAGGCGAAGGCGAAGGCGAAGAAGAAGAAGGCGAAGAAGAAGAAGGCAAAGGCGAAGGCGAAGAAGGCGAAGAAGGCGAAGGCGAAGAAGGCGAAGGCAAAAAAGGCGAAGAAGAAGAAGGCGAAGAAGGCAAGUGCGGCGAAGGCGAAGGCGAAGGUGAAGAAGGCGAAGGCGAAGAAGAGGAAGGCGAAGAAGGCGAAGAAGAAGAAGGCGAAGAAGAAGAAGGCGAAGAAAGCGAAGGCGAAGGCGAAGGCGAAGAAGGCGAAGAAGGCGAAGAAGGCGCAGGCGAAGAAGGCGCAGGCGAAGGCGGCGAAGGCGAAGGCGGCGAAGGCGAAGGCGAAGAAGGCGAAGGCGAAGAAGAAGAAGGCGCCUUCGCCGCCUUCUUCGCCGCCUUCGCCUUCGCCGCCUUCUUCGCCGCCUUUGCCUUCGCCGCCUUCUUCGCCGCCUUUGCCUUCGCCGCCUUCGCCUUCGCCGCCUUCUUCUUCGCUUUGCCUUCGCCGCCUUCGCCGCCUUCGCCUUCGCCUUCGCAGCCUUCGCCGCCUUCGCCUUCACCGCCUUCGCCUUCGCCUUCUUCUUCUUCUUCUUCUUCUUCUUCUUCUUCUUUUCCUUCGCCGCCUUCUUCUUUCGCCACCUUCUUCGCCGCCGCCUUCGCCGCCUUCUUCGCCUUCGCCUUCGCCUUCGCCGCCUUCUUCGCCUUCGCCUUCGCCUUCGCCGCCUUCUUCGCCUUCGCCUUCGCCGCCUUCUUCGCCUUCGCCUUCGCCGCCUUCUUCGCCUUCGCCUUCGCCGCCUUCUUCGCCUUCGCCGCCUUCGCCUUCGCCGCCGCCUUGUGGUUUACUGUGGCAGUAAACUGCCACAUGGCGAGGAGUGAUGGAUCAGAUAACCUAUUGCUGCAAGAACCUGGUCAGGAUAUUGGUCAUAUGCAUGGCCCUAAUGGGUACGCUCCGCAUGGUGGUGUGGUAGAUAGAGUGCACCAUAAUCCACUUCACAGACCGUCCGGCAGCAUGAGCGACACGUGCCUUUCCAGCAGUGACGAUGAGUCCGAUGAUUCGUUUGUAUCUUUCCAUACUUCGCCGUCUCCGCUCUCUUGCCGCCGCAGUAUCUAUGGGGCACCACUCUCCUCUUACAAGAGCUCAUGUGAGGCAGAGCUCGGCUGGCCAGGAUUGUUCAUGGGCGGCGGGUUGCUGCUCACGCCGAGCAGAGGUUUUGACGCCGACAGCGACUGUUUCUUGAGCGCUGACGGCGGCACUAUCUCCCCGUUCACUGGCGUACAUCAUGGAGCUGGCACUCUGUCUAGGUUCAGGUCCCCUCAAUCCAUGGGGGCAUCGCCACUGCCUAGUUCGAAGCAUCCACUGCCUCUGAAAACAGCUUGCGCUCUGUCGAGGAAUGCGCAGGCCAUCGACGAUGAGAUGGUUGAAGACAACAACCCUGUUGAUGUCAGUGAAAUGAGAGAUGGUUGGGACAGCACGGAAGUAAGUACCAGCAGCUGUGAGUCCUUUGUGAGUCAGCAAGCCGCAGCUGUUCAUCCUUGUGACCUGAACCCCCUUCACUGUUAUCAUGAUAGUACAAUGUGUCGGGAGACGAAGAGGCUCAGCGGCGCAGACGAUGCAGAGGUAAGCAGCAGUGCUGCUGCUGCUGUGAUGCAAGCUCUGCAGACAUCCAUCCACCAGCCCCCCACCAUCAUGGGAAAUGGACGAGGAGAGGACUACGACACAGCAGACGAGGACGUUGAAGUUGAAUUGCGCCCGUGGUCUCCAUUCGCCGAGAGUAUCCGCCGACUCUCAUUCUCGUCAGAUUUGCUCAGUAAUUAUCUGGAAAAGCUAUGGAAAGAUGACGUGGACGUUGAUGCGGCACCUGCACCAGCUUGGUCUUCCAUCUCAAAUCGAGCCCUGAUCUGGCGACCUCUUCCUUCUGACGUGGGCUACUGCUGCUGCUACAUCAUGCAGGACAUGGAUAAGAAAGGAAAUCGAGCGUCAACGUUCACAUUGCUCACCGAUGAAGGGCAAGGACGACAGGACCGCAGGCUUCUCGUGGCGCAUGAACGACGUCGAGGUGGCCGAACUGAGCUGAAGGUGGUAAUGCCUGGGAGCAGCAUUGCUGGGUAUGAGACAGAAGAUGGAUUCAUGGGGACCACCAGAUCCAAUCUUGUGGGGACCAGAUUCGACAUCUGGGACGAGGGUGAUGAUGAGAGAGGAGCCCCAAGAAUGCUCAUAGGGGUGGUCAUGUUUUAUCCAACCGUGCUGACUUGGACGGGAUUCUAUCGCCGAGCCCGGGUUGUCAUUCCGCGAUGUGAGCAGCUCUGCAGGGCACAAGACAACGGUGCAUCUGGGUGGGACAGGGUUGGCUUACCUUCUGACUGGGCACAAAAGCCAAGGAGAGCAAUGCACCUGUACUCAAGACCGCCCUUUUUCAACAAGGACGAGACGUGUUGUUGCGUACCUCGUUCCUGCAUGCAGCUUGGUGUAACAUGCGGAAUGAUGGUUUCCCAUCUUGACCAGGGAAAAAAGCAAUGCGAUAAGUGCAAGCUAAACAAAAAAAGCGAGGAGUGUGAGGUUGACUUGAGCCACUAUUCUCCAGAAAUUCAAGUCAAGCCAUCGGUGAAGAAUUUCGAAUUGGUGAUGGAGGGAAAUGAAAACACUGUGACUCUCCUUUUGGGAAAGAUAAGCCGGAAUAUGUACAUUAUGCAGUACCGGUUUCCACUGAAUGCGCAACAAGCGUUCUGCAUCUGCCUGUCGUCAAUCACCACCAAGCUAUGCUGAAAAGAUUGCGAUUCUCCGAUAUUGGUCAAUAUUCAACCUAAUCCCAAUCAAAAUCAAUUUAAUGA